GCAGGUGUCACCAAAGCAGUCGAUCUAUGUGCUGCUCCAGGCAGCUGGAGUCAGGUGCUUUCGAAGCGGCUUUUCGAAAACGGGAAAGACACGGAUGACGUGAAAAUCGUUGCAGUUGAUCUCCAACCGAUGUCACCAAUCAACGGCGUGAUUCAAAUCCAGGGUGAUAUAACUGACAAUUACACAGCCAAGCGAAUAAUUGACGUUUUUGGAACGUUAGCUGAUCUUGUUGUCUGUGAUGGUGCUCCUGACGUAACUGGUCUGCAUUCAUUGGACGAGUAUAUGCAAGCACAACUCGUCUUGUCAGCUCUGAAUAUUACCACCCACGUCGGUCGCGCACCCUACCGAAACUUGGUGAUCGUUCGUAGCAAAGGAUCCGAUACAUAA